AUGCACAACUGGCCCGCGCCACACUCCACCACACAUCCCACAACGCCGCCGCACGCCCACCCGCCCGCUGGAGACUGGCCGCACUCACCCAGCGCACUGGCUGCUGCUGUGACGCUAGCGACCCUCUCCGACAACAGACCGCCCGAUGACGACGGGGACGACGUCGACGACGAUGACGAUGGUGGGGGGAUAUCGCUAGAGGACUACCAGCAUUUCAUGGAAGCCAUGCCCGAGUCGCAUCAGGCAGGAGCAAACAGCGACGAUGGGGACCCCUCGCUGGAUGAGGGAGGCACGAUAGAAGACAUGUUUGGCUUCGGGCCAGUCCAUCCAUCCUAUGUCACAUACAACGCGUUCGACAUGUUUGCAGGCUCCAGCAUACCUCAGCACCACACAUCCACUACACAUUUCAUUGCGCCGGUCACCAUAGCAGGCAACCUGCCAUACGGUACUGACCUAUUACUUGAGCCACCGCCAACACUCAACGAACCGCACCUGAGUAUACAGGACCGGGCGGCCUUUUGUCCCAUUACGUCCUACUUCCACCGCUUCUACGGGCAGUGGAAGCCCGGUGUUGUGCCUGGUCUGGAUCUCAUCCAGCUGCCGGAGUUCAUUAUCCGAGAAGAUCUCAAGGGUGAUGAGUAUGACUACCAGGGAAUAGAUUGGACCGCCCGGAAGACUACUAGGGCUUCGCACGUCCAUUCAACACCCAACACGGACAGCUUCUUCCAGUUCCGAAGGAUCAACACCAGCCCCCGUGCCUUUGUGCCUCACUUCCAGCUGCGGAAUGUUCUGACGGCCACAUCUCGCAAUGAUAUCUACUAUGCAAAAGGUCACCAAGUACUCCACACAGACGCAGAAGGCACAGUCGAAGACGCCGUCGUUGACCUCAGCAAACACCUGGCUCUCGAUGCAUCGAUUACCACUAUCGCUUCCCACGGCGACGUACUCAUCGCCGGUGCUUUCGAAGGCGAGUACGCCAUCACCAACCUCUCCUCAACCCACGGCUCGCCCUGCACAUUCGGCCGCACCACCGACUUUGCGACCGACACAAAAUCACGCAUAGUUAAUCACAUGCACCUCUUCCCCUCACGGCGAACCUACACCCCACAAGCCGUCCUCUGUUCCAACGACCACCGGCUCCGUGUGCUCGACUGCGGCACCAACACCUUCGUCCACUCGUUCCUCUACCCCGCAGCCGUCAACUGCUCGGCUACCAGUCCAAAUGGACGCAUGCGCGUUGUCGUCGGCGAUUUCCAAGAAACUCUCAUCACAAACGCCGAAACCGGUCAGCCCUUCGAAACGCUAAACUCGCACACUGACGACGCCUUCGCCUGUGCCUGGGCCGACGACGGCAUCCACGUCGCAACCGCCGCACAGGACUCCACCAUCGUCGUCUGGGACGCGCGCUACUGGGAGAAGCCCCUCGCUGUCAUGAAGAGCGAACUCAGUGUCCCGCGUUCCCUUCACUUCUCGCCCAUCGGCUCCGGCCCGCGUGUUCUCGUUGCCGCCGAAGCAGAUGACUUCAUCAACGUCAUCAACGCGCAGACGUGGGAGUCGAAGCAAACGUUCGAUUUCUUUGGCCCCGCGGGUGGUGUGUCGUUUACGCCUGAUGGCCAGUCUCUUUUCAUUGCGAAUGGCGAGAGGAGGUUCGGUGGUAUCAUCGAGCUUGAACGCACGGGGUGGGCGGACAAGACAGGGAGGAGGGGCAGUUUCGAUGACGAGAUCCGGGAUGAGAUUGUUGUGGAUUGGGCGGGUGAUGAGGUGCUGGACAACGAUGGAAGGGUCCUAGCAGGGGAUGUGGCUAGAAGGAGAAGGCAUGUGGAUUUGAGUGACGUUAUCGUAUAA